CUCAAGGCAAAGGCACCUUCUGGGGGCCGCCGCCCCUCGUCCGGGGGUCGGGAGGGGGGUGCAUGUGUUCCUGAGAGAAAGCUGUUUGCAUUUGAGGGGAAUUCUACCAUCAGGGAAGUUUUUUAGGAAAUCAUUGCUUCCACUUAAAAAACCUUCCCACUUCCUGAGAAGAGACCGAAAGCAGGCAGGAGCCCUGUAAGCCCCCCACUGCCCUGCCCCGCCCCACCUUCCAGAACCAUCCCCGUGUGCGUCUGGUCCGUGGCACGAAGGCGUGCAGACAGACCACCGCCCUGCGGUACCCCCGAGGCCACACUCCCAUGUCACACGGCGUGCUUCUGUCCUGUGUCCCCAGGUGACAGGGUCUCAGCUUAAACUCCCAGAGCCAUCCCCGGGAGGCCCCAGGUAAAAAGCGACAGCAGGGCACUGGCAGGCUGUGUUUGUCUCGCCCCGGGAUUGCUGUCCGGGGUGUAGCUUAGCCGCGGUGAAUAAGGAGCCGGGGAAUCAGGCGACCCACAGGAGGGGCUGCGGUGGCCCCCGUCUGGCUGGACAUAACCCCCACCCUGUCUCCUCAAGCGGAAGGGAGUCUGCAGGUUGAAGACAGACCUCGAACGAGGAAGUAUCUAAGCCGCGUCGGAGGAGGAGCAGAAGGUGGCCCACAGGGGAUUCCUGUCCCUUGACCUGUCCCCAGAGGGGCCUGAGAGCGGCCAGGUUUGCAGCGCGACCCCCCGGGGAGAUCUCGGGGGAGGCCGGGGACGCCGCGAAUCUCCGGUCCCCCGUCCCCGCGGCUGACAGCAGCGCCCUGCCCGGGGCCACUCUGCAGUAGGCCUCGCCGGGGAGCACGGGCCGGGCACGGGGCCACCAUGUCCAGCCCCUUCCUGAAGCAAGUUUUCAACAAGGACAAGACUUUCCGGCCCAAGCGCAAGUUCGAGCCGGGCACCCAGCGGUUCGAGCUGCACAAGAAGGCACAGGCGUCGCUGAACGCGGGGCUCGACCUGAAGCUGGCCGUGCAGCUGCCCCCCGGCGAGGAGCUCAGCGACUGGGUGGCCGUGCACGUGGUGGACUUCUUCAACCGCGUCAACCUCAUCUACGGCACCAUCGGCGACGAGUGCACGGAGCAGUCCUGCCCGGUCAUGUCCGGCGGCCCCAAGUACGAGUACCGCUGGCAAGACGAGCACCAGUUCCGCAAGCCCACGGCGCUGUCGGCCCCCCGCUACAUGGACCUGCUCAUGGACUGGAUCGAGGUGCAGAUCAACAACGAGGAGCUCUUUCCCACCCACGUUGGCACGCCGUUCCCCAAGAACUUCCUGCAGGUGGUGAGGAAGAUCCUGUCGCGACUGUUCCGCGUGUUCGUGCACGUCUACAUCCACCACUUCGACCGCAUCGCGCAGAUGGGCUCCGAGGCGCACGUCAACACCUGCUACAAGCACUUUUACUACUUCGUCAAGGAGUUCGGCCUCAUCGACACCAAGGAGCUCGAGCCGCUGCCUCGUGCCCCGAUACCCUCGUCAUUUCUCCCGUACCCAUGCUUCCAUUUCUUUCUGGGGCCAGCGAGACUUCCCCAGGCUGUGUGUAAAGGACGUGAGCUGGUGCUGACCUGCCCGCUGCUCCUGCACACCGAGGCUCCCGGGGUCUUGCCGUCGUGCAGAACGUGGCAAGAUGUCUUCGUGCCUUAGCGUUUACGCGUUGCCGCAGCCGCUCUCCCUCGACGACACUGCCUUUUGGGCCCUUCACAGAAUGGCUUGGGCCCCCCCCCCACCGGUUAUCUGUUCCGCUGUUCGUAAGGUUUGACGUGAAAUGAAGCCUGCGGGUCCCUUGAGACCGGAUCUGCUUUUCUGGGGUGUGGUUUCUGUCCUUCUCGUCUCGAUACCUGACGUCCCUCUCGUUCUUAACAGAAAGAAAUGACUGCACGGAUGUGCCACUGAGCGCCGCUUGGCCCUGCGGCCACCGAGGCAGUGCCCAGGGGACACUCUAGCCUGAGGGCCACGUCUCCAGAACAUGGGCCCAUGCUUUCUAGAAAGCCCAGCAAGUGAUCAGAGCUCCAUGCUGUCGCGGCUACGCUGAGCGCCGGGGUCGAGUCCUCCCUGGUCCCAGAUGCAGCAGCCGUGGGUCUGGCCACCCUGAGCCCGUCUCCUCGGCCGGCAUUGAACUUGGACUCCGUGGUUGUAUGUGUUGGGCACCUGGGAAAACCCACUGUGUUUGUAAAGCACUUGCGUUUGCCCACUGGGCCCGCACGGACCUGUGCCCUGCGGGCAGCCGGCGCCUGGGAGCCCCGUGUCUGCUUCACGACAGGUACGACAGGGACCCCGCAGCCUGCCUCCCGGCCCCCCCCCGGGCCCCUUCGUGGAUCAUGAAAGAUACGAUUUUUCUUUUCCUAUACAUGAGCCUGCCUCCCCCUUUAGAGAAAUAUCCCCUCUCCCGUGUGGACAACACAGGACGAGUCCCCUGGAACCGCUCUCCUGGGCGGGGUCUUUGAGUCUUGCCAGAUGUCAGCUGGCCAAAUGUCCUCCUGCAGAGCCUGCCAGCUUCACAUCAAAACCCUCUGUUUGCGUGGCCCUGUGCGGCUGUGGGAUCCGAAUCCCACCACUGUCUCCCACGGGCCCUGGGAGGGGUGGCCAGGGCCCCGUCGGGGGCUGCACCGAAGUGACCACGGGAAGCCCCGUCCUGCCCCAAGUUCGUGCCUCUGCCUGCCCACACAUCCUCCGUGGCCUCUCGCCGUGGCUGCCCUUCCAGUGUGGACCGUGCCGACUCAGUACCUCUGGGUGUCUGGGAUGCUCGCAGACGUGAGGGGCACCGUCACCCAACACCAAACAAGUGCAAUUAACAUGAGCUCGGACCUCGGUCCUUCCGGAAGCCUCCGGGGCCCAGCUCAGGGGGGGGCCUGGCAAGACAGCCUCCCAGGACGAGGAAACUGUCCAGUCGAAUGUCGCCCCUUCAAAUGCAAGACCACAGCCAAACCGCAGAACCACUGUGCGCCCCAGGGUUCCCAGCUGCUCCCGCCGUGCGGCCAGGCCGGGGACGGUGGCAGGGACCCUCUGCAUCCUCCCCGCCCACGGGUGUUCCCACCCGAGCAUCAGAAUAAAUUGUGCCAUUUUU